AUCAGCUGUGGACAAGCUGGAGUUGAAGAAGAAGAGAAGCUCAGUGGCGCCGCGCAACCCGUCGGCACCGAUUCUUCUUAUUUACGGGUUUAAAUUUAUUUAUACAAUAAUAAUAACCCUCGGUGCCGACUGGGUGGCUAAAAGCCCCCAUAAACGGUCUUUUAAUAACAACAGUUGCAAUAAUUAUGAUAACGGCAUCAGUAUUGGCAUUAGUACCAAUAACAUAAACUCACACUGGCUACCAAAGUAGUAGCAGUCAUCGCCGUGGUAGUGGUAGUUGUUAAAAAGUGACGAGGAGUCUAUGAGUUUACGUAUUAAAAAGGUCAUAUGCAUUUAGUGAGUGUACGAUGAAACCGAGGAGACUAGUCUCGAGCAAACAGUCUCGUAUCACACAACAGUCAUCUAGUUCUUCAGUGUCAGCAUCAUCAAAUACUGAAGACGAAAACGAAGACGCAGCGACGUUAAAAGAGCGUCGCUUACGCGUCACUUGUUAUAUAUAAUCAUAUAUUAAAUAAAUUUCUUUAUCAGCGAGUCAUUUUUGACUCACUUUUCUGUGUCACACAUCAGUACCCAGAUAAAAAUUAAUAUUAAAAAUAAUUAAUCUGUAAGCUAAUAAGUUAAGUCAGUAAGUAAGUAAGUAAAUAAUUUUUAAAAAAUUGAGUAAUAAUAAUAAUAAUAACAAUAAUAGUAAUAAAUAAAUAAUUACGAAGAUGAUGGGUGGAUAGUGUUCACUGCCUGGGAGCGUAUGCUGCGCAUACCCAAACAACCCACGUGAAAAAUAAAAUGGCACCCCAUGAGAGUACUUGUAAUGUUUUGCUACUGGUGUUGUUGUUGUGUACGAGCUGUAUGCUGCAUUGCGCAGCACGCUCGUACGAUGAUACCAGACGUUCAGCUUCUGGGGAUGACGGCGAUGGAUCUGUGAUGGAAGUACUGCCAAUGCACGGACCCAGUGCAGAUAAUCAUGAUUUGCCGCAGGAUCUGGGUAAGCCGUAUCCUGGGAAAAGCUUUGGACCCAUGGGACCCAUCGAUCGCACCUUUCUCGACGACUCACUGCGUAACCUUGAGAGCGGCGAUGACGGCGGUGUUGAUGGGAGAGAUGCUGCUGCUGCUGAUGGGAACGGUGCUAAUGGCAAUACCAAUUCAAACGGCGUUAUUGGACACAAAAAGAGAACAGAGUACAAAGUAUUUAGCGUUGAAUUUCAUCGAGUUGAAACGCCAUUCAUCAUAGGCAUCUGGAUAUUUUUCGCCAGUCUUGCUAAGAUUGGUUUUCACAUGGCGCCCAAAUUCAGCAAAAUGUUUCCCGAGUCCUGUCUACUUAUCGUCGUGGGAGUUGUCAUUGGAGUCCUGCUGUUUCAUGCUAGCACUGUACAUGUAUCACCACUUACACCAGAUACAUUCUUCCUUUACAUGCUUCCACCUAUUAUACUUGAUGCUGGUUAUUUUAUGCCCAACCGAUUGUUCUUUGACCAUUUGGGAACUAUUCUGCUGUUUGCUGUCAUUGGAACAAUAUUCAACACUUUGUCGAUAGGCGCAACACUUUGGGUUUUAGGAAAGAGUGGUCUUUUUGGUUUCACAACACCGCUUCUCGAUAUGUUUCUUUUUUCUGCACUAAUAAGCGCAGUUGAUCCAGUGGCUGUACUUGCAGUUUUUGAAGAAAUUCAUGUCAAUGAAAUUCUUUAUAUUGUUGUUUUUGGAGAAAGUUUAUUAAAUGAUGCCGUCACAGUUGUGCUGUAUCACAUGUUCGAGACAUACAGCGAAAUGGGUCCAUCAAGAAUAACAUACAUGGAUAUACUAUCAGGUCUGGGAUCGUUUCUUGUUGUUGCCAUUGGAGGAACAAUAAUAGGUGUAAUAUGGGGCUUAGCUACUGGCUUCGUAACACGUUUUACCAAUCAAGUGCGCGUGAUUGAACCCAUCUUUAUAUUUGUCAUGGCCUAUCUGGCUUACCUCAAUGCCGAGAUAUUUCACAUGUCGGGAAUUCUCGCCAUUACUUUUUGCGGCAUAACUAUGAAAAAUUAUGUCGAAGCAAAUAUUUCUCACAAAUCUCACACGACUGUCAAGUACACGAUGAAGAUGCUGUCAAGUAGCUCUGAGACAAUUAUAUUUAUGUUUCUGGGUGUUGCGACAGUAAAUAAUAGGCAUGAUUGGAAUACGUGGUUUGUCGUUAUGACUAUUGUACUGUGUUCAGUCUAUCGGAUUGUCGGUGUAAUGGUACUCACGGCAGUGGCUAAUCGAUUUCGCCUGCAUAAACUGGACAAGGUAGAAAAGUUCGUGAUGUCGUACGGAGGUUUGCGUGGGGCCGUGGCAUUCGCCUUGGUACUUCUCAUCGACCCGAAACACGUGCCUCUGCAACCGAUGUUCGUAACAACCACUAUCGCUGUCAUUUAUUUCACCGUUUUCAUUCAGGGUAUAACAAUUAAGCCAUUGGUAAAAAUAUUGAAUGUAAAAAGAGCUGAGAGGCGGAAACCGACCAUGAAUGAAAGAAUACACGAGAGGAUUAUGGAUCAUAUAAUGGCAGGUGUCGAGGACAUUCUGGGGAAACAUGGAAAUUAUCAUUUGAGAGACAAAUUCAAAAGAUUCGAUAAUAAAUUUAUACGUCCGUAUGUGGUGAGAAAUCAUUGCGGUGCUGAGCCAAAAAUAUUGGAAACUUAUUCGAAGCUAGCGAUGAAAGACGCUAUGGAUUAUAUAAGAAGAAACGCAUCGACGAUUGGAAAUAUAAGCGGUACCGAGAGUAUGUCUGCAAUAUUCCGGAAUUACAGCAAUCCAGGACACUUUAACUCAAGGUGGGCAGUCCAGAAGAAAUUGAAAAUAAGUCAACACCGUGUCACACCGUUAUUAGCUAAGGGAAGUACAUGUUCCAGUAAUUUUCCUUUUGUUCAUUCAAGUCCAAGUUGCAGUCAACUCGAGGCCGGGUGGAACAUUGACCUGCAGGAGCUCGAGUAUUAUCCGUCGAAGAAAGACUUGACAGAUGCUAAAAUCCAUCAUCUACUCGCUGAAGAACUCUGCAAGCCGUACAAAAGGACUUACGUGUUUCAGCAUCGCCGACUAAGCUACAGUCGUCAUGCAGUUAAUGACCGUGAUUUAUCAACACAAGUCAAUUAUAAAAUGCACAUGAACAUUCGUCGGAUGAUGGGUGAGCACAAACACCGACACAAACGCAGUAAAAAAAUAAUCAAGGAGGGUAGUAAGCAAAAUCACGUGAGUUUUCCUGAGCUUCAACAGCAAAAUGGCUCUACGAAGCUUUUUUCUCCAGAUUAUAUAGAUAGUGAUUUGUACAAAAUGGAAGACGAAGAAGAAGUUAAACCAACGCGAGAUCCUGACUGGGAUUCAGCGAUUACUUUUACAGCUCGUACUUCAGAUUCUAAUCAAUACGGCGAGGGUUCACGAUGUGAUAAUGCUCACAGUGAUGACGAUACUGAUGACGAUGACAACACAGAAUGUGGAAUGAUGCGGCGACAUCGUGGGGAAUCUGAAGGCGAGUCAUUUAGAGUAACAACUCCAACCGCUACGGAAACAAUGUUGCCAUGGAAACGCGAGGAUGAUUAUGAUUCAGCGAGGCCAGUCCAGCAAAAUGAAUUUCCUGCUUGGUGCUCAAAUAAAGAAUAUCUAGCAUACAGUUCACCAUCAGCGACAUUUUUAGGAGGUAUUGAACAACCAAAAGUACAAUCUGUGAUUGGUCUUUUUCGUAAAGACAGCGCUGGGAGUCCAGAUAUUGCGGGUUACCGGGAUCUAGACGAGAGCGAUGAAUUUGCGGGCGUGGGUUUUACAAAUGGAACAUUUUCACCGAGAACUACUGAUAAAUCGAGUAAAGUAAAACGACGAGGAUCAAUGAUGGAACUUAAUUCCGCGGAGUCAAUACACAAAGAAAAAGUAAAUAACAAUGGAUCGCAUUCGUUGCCAGAGUACUGGAACUCACAAAGGUUACGUUUACAACAAUCGCAAACAACUUUUCCAUGUUCAACGGGAAAUGCUCCGAGUUUAUCGACAGCACUUAUAUCCUCGUCGACAGAAUCCUCCGAGGAUUAUGAGGAAGAUUGACCAUGGAUAGAAACGACGUCUUCCUGUGAGGAACGUCCACGCCGAGAAAGUGACCUUUGUUCGGUUCUGUCGGGUUUAUUCCGCCGGCCGAGUGCUCCUGUCUAAAUAAAAUAAAAUUAAUAAAAUAAAUAACAACAAACAUGAAAAACAGACAAAACAAAACCACAGAUGAAUAUUUUUUCACAUUAAGGACUCGCGGGAGCUUUUAAAAUAUUGCUGGCAAAAAAAGUAAAUAAAAAAAAGAGGAAAAUAAAUAAUAAAAAAAAAACGGAAGUAAAAUAAAUAAAAAUAAUGUGACUCGAUGCUGAAAACGUUUAAUGAGAAUUUACUUAAUUUAAUGAACGCCGUAAUUACGUGGUUUUUAAAGUAAAAACAAAUAAAUAAUAAUAUAAAACGCGAAUAAUUUUAUUUUGCAUUGAGAAUUGUAUAAAGAAUUAAUUAAUAAAAGGAAUUUUAUUUAAUUAAAUUUAAUUAUAAUGACGAAGGGAAAGAUAUAAUGUUUCAAGUUUUAACAAAAGUCUUUCAGUUUAUAUAAGAAAAUAAAAAAAAAACGAAAAAGAAGAAAUAUUUAAAAAAAAAAGACGCCGUGGACCGCUUUGACAUGGGUGCCUUCUAUACAAACGCGCUGUUUGAUUAAUGAAGUUCACUAAUAAGACAAUGAUUUGAAGGCAACGACUGUAAUUAAAUGAUAAUACUCGAGAAAAUAAUAGCCGGUAAUGAGGAACAAGAAGACGAAAGGAAAAAAAAUUUUGAGAGCAUAAGAAUGAAAAAUACCGAAGGCCAUAUCAUAAAAUGAUAACAAAAUGAAAAAAAAAAAUGGUGUAACAUUUAGUAGACACUCGGAUCAAUAAAUAAGGCUUCGGUUUGAAUUUUCUAAUACCUCUCACAUCGCUAGGAUAACGUCCGCUAUAUUUUUAGUCAAUUUUAGGAUUAAUUAAUUGCACCACUCAGUGGUACGAAAAAAAAAUCUAAAUGAAAUAAAAACAGUACAACUUUGCUAAUUUCCCUUUAGUAAAUUUGUAGUAAAUUUUAAAGAUAUGUUUAAACCAAAAAAUUGGUAAUUAAUUUUAAAAAUGAAUUGUGUAAUAAUAAUUAUGUUUAUUAUUUAUUAUUGACGACGGUGUCUUGUGUGGGAAGGUCGUGUGUGUGUGUUGAGUCCGGUGAUGUUCACUCAAUCACGCAAUGAU